AUGUCAAGCUCAUGCGGCAACUGCGACUGCGCUGACAAGAGCCAGUGCGGGAAAGGAAACAACUUGGGUGUGACCAUUGUAGAGACUGAAAAGAGCAUUGUCAUGGAUGUUGAGACAGUUGAGCAUGAGGGGGAUUGCAAGUGUGGUUCUAACUGCACCUGCACUAACUGCACCUGCGGCCAUUAA